ACGCGGAGGGUGGCUGGGCGGCGGCAACCGUCGCACGACCGAGCACGAAGAGAUUGGUAUCAUAGCGGAACUUUAAAUUUCAAAGUUGCUUUUUGGGAUAAUCUCAUUUGAGAUUUAUUUUUUAAAAUUGACACAUGAUUUUAUCCAAACCCUAAAAAUCUCGAAUGCUCGGAAAUCGGAAUGGAUGCAUCCGCAGCCAAUGAUCUCGACGACUACUCUCCGUCUUCAACUGUAAUAAACUUCGACAGGCCGAUCCCCUUGCUACGUGGACCGUUACCAGCCGGUCCAUCUGACGAUCCAUCGGCCGGUUCGUUUGUACUUGCAUUCAGAGACUCACAUGCUUGGAUUUCCUCAUACAGAGCCUGCGAGCGCAAAAUCAUCCUACAAUGUCAAGAGGGGGCCAGGAUUGGGUGUGCCAUCAGCGCUUCCAGCAAGUGUAAGCCUUCAUGGUGGAAGGCCCUGAUGGGUGCCAAACCUACCGAUUUAAAAGAGCGAGAGCGAUGCGAAGAGAGCGAAAUGGAAAGCUGCUUUGCUGUUGCGAAGGAGAAAUGUAUUGGGUUUGCCAGGGACAAGUGUUUAUCUCCCUUUAUGGAUGCACGGAUUGCAGUUAGGGAAAGAGGGUUGAAUUUGAAGGAAGCUUUGAAAUCGAUUCACUUGGCAUCAUUUCCCGAAGAGAGUUUGCGGAUGAUGGGUCAAAUGGGCUCCGCACGCUUGUCUCAUGGUACGAAAUUAGGGGUGACAAAUUACAAGGCAAGUGAACUGCUUGGCUCGGACGAGAAUGUGCAGUGCAUCCUGGGCGAGCAGCAACAGGGGACCAAAUAACUGUGGCUUAUUUUGAUCGUGGAAGCGCAACCCGCAGUAGCUUAUGCUGAUCGGCGUAUUACUUCCAACGCCUCUACUUACUAACUUGGCUAGAGUCCAUUGUUCUGCUUGUGGAACACAGUAGUCAUAGACUUAUUUACUGAUACUAAGAGAAGCCAAGAAUUUUUCAAUCGUCUUUGAACAGGGACAUUGUGCAGAUGCAUUUUUCUUUGGUUAUCAUUUCGACGUAGACAUUGGCUUGUACUUACAAUUUCGCCUUUCCUGACCCCUUUUUUUCCCGUAUGAAUUGUAAUUGAUACAAAACUUUCAACUUUGUUUGAUUGAUGCCUGAAAGUAUUUCGCCCUCA